AUGCUGUAACCCUAAUCUUCUGGCUUCAGCCUGCAGACUUCAAUCUUCACAUUCAACCAUUCAGCCACCUACUCGUCUUCAAACUUCAAUCUUCUCUCUUCGUCUUCAAUUUCAUCCAUCUCUUUUCACUCUUCAGUCUCACCUUCGGCUUCACCUUCAUCAUCACUUGUUUAUCCGUCACGGUCAUGGCAUCCCUCUUCUCCAUUCUCUCCCUCGCAAGUACUUCGCCUCGUGCGCUCGUGUCUCCGUCCUCGACCUCGUGCGCCGGAACUGAACCAAAGUAGAGUUGAGAGUCUAGAGUCCAGAACCACGGCAACGGCAAUUCCAAUCUUCCAGAUCUCGAUCUCGUGCUCUCAAUUGGCAAUCGCGUCUGGCAUCACACGACACUCAUGGUACACUUCCACAGCAUUCUUCUUCUUCGCUCAUUUUUUAUCUGAGCAUCUGAUCUGAAAAGAGCUUAAACCACGGCAGUAUCCAUCUGGUCUGAGCUUCCACGAAAGUCGUGCUUAAUUUCAAAUUCUCAAUCUCACCACUCCAUAGUACCUCGAUCUCAAAACUGAGUAACGUCUCAAUCCCAAUCUCCUUAUCCCUCUCAAUCAUGUCUUGCACAGAAGCAUUAUUGUUUGAUUCUCAUCCAAGGAAGAAGUGUAUGGUUGAUUUUUUUUGGGGGGGGGGGGGUACAGGAAAUAGAUUGGGUAAUGAUAUUUGAUUUAUGGAUUUUAUCAUAUUUUUCACUUAAUUUUAUGUAUUUAUAGAAAAAGAAAUGAAAAUAAGUAGAAGGGACAAAAGCACACUAGCCAGCCCUGAAUCCCCUGUUUCAAGGGUCGGACUCUGCAAUUGAUAAUGUCAAAAGGUAAAUGGGUUUUUUGAGCCCUUUUAAACACGAGCCCCUUAAGCGCCGGCCCUUAGAGGCCGAGCUGCCGUUUUCUCAGCUCUAGUUUCCCACAAACGCAAAACAGCCACCAAGUCCCAAUUCUAAAAGCUUUUAACCUUUAUUUUUAUUUUUGUUUUGGUUGCCACUUCCAACCACAUGCCUCAUUGGCUCCUCCUCAUUAGAUUUAGCAACUUUUUGUUUGGUGUGGUCAUCAUAGUUUUUUUUCUUUUUCUUUUUUAUUUGUUUUCUCGCGGCUGUUACGCUUCAAGUAUUCUCCUUUAUCUUGAUCUCUGAUUAAAUCGAUAAAUUUCUAUUGAGGGUUUUGACUUUCGUUUCCUUUGGGAGCAUCGAGUUCGAAGGUUGAGUGGGUCAACGCUCCUUGGAUUGAAGUUUCUAAUGAACAGAUUGCUGGAUCAUUAGCUCAAGAUGCCUUCACUAUUCCUAAUGCUAGCCGAAAAUGAAGGUAUCUUGAAUUGCUUAUGUUGGACUCUUAAAGUUUAAUGUCAACCAUUUAAAUGGAGAGAAGGACUGGAGGUAUUGCAAGUCAGUUGUUUGGGAGUUUAUGUAGUUUUUGGAGAAGAUGCGUGUUUGGUGUUUUAUCUGCAGGUCCUGUUCCGGAUCAUAUUGCUUUCAUCAUGGAUGGGAAUCGAAGGUAUGCCAAGAAGAGAAACAUGGCUGAAGGUGAUGGCCACAAGGCUGGAUUUUCGGCUCUCCUGUCUAUGCUGAGGUAUUGCUAUGAAUUGGGAGUGAAGUAUGUAACUGUAUAUGCGUUUAGCAUUGAUAACUUCAAGAGGCAGCCAAAGGAGGUUCAAUCCCUCAUGGACUUGAUGCGAGAAAAGAUUGAGGAAUUGCUGCAAGAAGAAAGUAUUGUCAACGAAUAUGGUAUUAGAUUGCAUUUCAUUGGCAAUUUGCAACUACUGACCGAACCAGUUAGGGCUGCUGUAGAGAAGGCAAUGAGAGUAACUGCUCAAAACAACCAGAGGGUGCUUUUACUUUGUGUGGCCUAUACAUCACGUGAUGAGAUUGUACGUGCUGUCCAAGAAUCCUGCAAGGAUAAAUGGAAUGAAGUUCAAGCAUCAAAAGAGGCCAAAGGUUCAAAUGGUGUGAUAACAAGAAUUGAUGAAGGUCCGAAGAGAAAUAGCACUUGUGCACUCGAUCAACAUUCUUGCAAAGACUAUUUAAAUGCGACCAAAGCUUGCAGUGCCAGCAAAGGCGCUAAAGAUGCCGGAGGUAGAGAUGGUCAGUUUGCGCAUGCCGUUAAACAACGCCACAAUUAUUGCGGAGAAACUGGAAUUAUACCUUGCAAUGGGGUGAUUGAUAGUACUGAAGGGAUAAGGUAUAAGGAGGGUGAGCUUCCAGCUAUAAAACUAGUUGACAUUGAGAAGCAUAUGUACAUGGCAGUAGCACCUGACCCGGACAUCUUGAUCCGAAGUUCUGGGGAAACCCGACUCAGCAAUUUUCUUCUUUGGCAGACUAGCACAUGUCCAUUGUACGCGCCGGCUGCUCUUUGGCCGGAGAUAGGUUUGCGGCACCUCAUCUGGGCAGUACUGAGCUUUCAGAGACACCACUCUUAUUUGGAAAAGAAAAGGAAGCAAUCUUAAUUUAACGUUAGUAGCCAAAAAAAUCAGUGUUGAUUCUGUUUUGGCUAAAUUGUUUUCCUUUCAUCUACUUUUGGUCUUCGCUUGUAUGUUAUCGUUCUCAGAUCAGUCUUAGUACACAUUUGCAUCCAAUUUUAACUAUUUGUGUGGCCCUGUGUUGCCAUUGCCAAUGUUUAAUAAAGUGUACAAUUAGAUAUUUUGUAUGGAAACCCAGAUUGGACUGGUCGGUUCAUCAUGUGAACUGAUAACUCGAUCUCUUUCCCAA